AAUCUUUAGUCUAUGGUUAUGAUGCUUGACGGUUGUUGAGCAGUGAACUUGUUAUUGGCUUCGAAAGUAAAAUAUUCUUCAUUUUUGAGUGGUUCGAUAUCAAAAACUAUGUUGUAACUUCAACUAUGUUGAGCCAAACUUCUACCGAAGCGUUGCUUUCAGCAACAUACGUUGAAAAUUACUUGGACUGUGUAGAAAAUCUUCCAAACGACCUACAACGACAUUUAUCUCGACUACGAGAGCUUGACGUAACAUACAGAGAAUGUCUUCGUGAUGCUGAAACACACCUUGCUGUUUGCAUUGGGCCGAACACAGAGGAGAAGCGUAGGAGCAGAGCUGCAUUGCGCUUGCAAGCCGCUUUAGUGGCUGCUCAGGAGAUCGGGGACGAGAAACUACAAGUUGUACAGCUGACGCAGGACCUUAUUGACAACAAGCAAAGAUCCUUGGAUGCUGACCAUAAGAAACUUAUCUCAUGCCUGGACGUGAACACGAACGGCACAGCUAAAGAGGAGGCGGCUCCGCCGGCGGAGCCAGCCCGAGAAAAGGAGAGCGCGGCGCCCGCGGUGCAGCACGCGCCGCCGCCGCCGCCGCCCGAGCGGGCCAGCGACAAGGACAAGGAGAAGCCCGACAAGGACAAGGCGGGAGGUCAGUCUUUACUAGAGAGCGCGGCGCCCGCGGUGCAGCACGCGCCGCCGCCGCCGCCGCCGCCCGAGCGGGCCAGCGACAAGGACAAGGAGAAACCCGACAAGGACAAGGCGGGAGCUGACCUAACUGACGUCACAGCCAGUGAGCCAGCCCGCGAGAAGGAGAGCGCGGCGCCCGCGGUGCAGCACGCGCCGCCGCCGCCGCCGCUCGAGCGGGCCAGCGACAAGGACAAGGAGAAGCCCGACAAGGACAAGGCGGGAGGGGAGCGAUGGUCAAAGCGUCCGCGGCGGUCUCGCACGACGGCAGGCGCGGCCACUGACGGCGCCGACUCUAGUGAGCGUGACAGCGAGCGACACACGCAUAACACUACCCACAAGAAAGGUAUCGGCAAAAAGAAAAAGCGCAAAGCGCGGCAAGCGACGCAGCGCUCGGAGACGCCGCCCGGCGACACGGACCCCAUCGACCCGGACGAGCCGCGCUACUGCCUGUGCGACCAGAUCUCCUUCGGCGAGAUGAUCCUCUGCGACAACGACCUCUGCCCCAUCGAGUGGUUCCACUUCUCCUGCGUGUCCCUCACCACCAAGCCCAAGGGCAAGUGGUUUUGCCCCAAGUGCCGCGGCGACCGGCCCAAUGUGAUGAAACCCAAAGGACAAUUCCUAAAAGAACUAGAACGGUAUAACAGGGAAAAGGAGGAGAAAGCAUAGUGAUUACUCAAACGCUAGGUUAAGGCGUCCAUGGAUCUUUAAUGAGUGAUGUGCCUUACUAAUGUAUGGCGACCGCUGAAAACGCAAUAACUGAAUUACCAGUGAUUCCAAAUUUGAUGUAAAAUAUUUGUUCGAGUCUACGUGUGAUGCCCCAAAGGCACGAUCAGCUCAUUUUCGGUCCAUACUGUUUAGACGGAUCGUCCGCCUAAAACACUUAUCAAGAUAUUUGAAAUGUGAUUUCGAUUUUAUGUAAAUGAUUCCGAUUUUUAAUGUAUGAUGAAGAUAGAAGUCUUAAUAAUUAUAUAAAUGCUUGAUUGUUCAGAAGAAUCUCUUUAAGUUGAAAUAAUAAUAGAAAGUGAAGAUUUAUUCCAUGUAAUUUAUUUUGUAUCUCAGAAAAAUUUGCUACUAUUAGAUAACAAAGCCAUAAUACUAACUUACUGACCUCGAAAUCAGUCAUUUGUAUUAUGUAGGUGUAUUGGAAAAACUUACAAUAAACUUUUUAUUAACUGUAAGAUAAAAUAUUAUGCAUAAUGGAAAUGGUACAGACAGCAUUUAAUCAUCUUUCAAUAGAAAACUUGAAAAGUUUUUACAUAGUUUUAUUUCAAUCACGCAUGACCUUUCCACUAAGUGACUGUUAAUAAUAUUUAAAUGUGCUUCAAUACGUGGAUUCAGUAUUGAUUGUAAUAUAUUUUUUGUCGUGAUGAAACAUUUAUAUUUAUUACUGCGUUGUGAUUUAGCGCGAUACAUAUUCGACAGCUAUUGUAAAAGUAUCAACUUUAUCAUAGUUGUUGCCAAGAUGGAUAUAUUUGAAAUAAAUAUAAAAGUUUUAGGAAAAA